AUGUCGGCUCAUCGGCCAAACGCUUUCAACAGCCUCCGGAUGGGAGAGGUGAUCCGCGAGAAGGUCCAAGAUGGAGUCACCGGUGAGACUAGGGACUUGCAAUAUACCCAGUGCAAGAUUGUUGGAAACGGCUCCUUCGGUGUUGUUUUCCAGACCAAGCUGUCUCCAUCGGGAGAGGAUGCUGCCAUCAAGCGUGUUCUCCAGGACAAGAGGUUCAAGAACCGUGAACUCCAAAUUAUGCGUAUUGUCCGCCAUCCCAACAUUGUCCAGCUCAAGGCCUUCUAUUACUCCAAUGGCGAACGUAAAGAUGAGGUCUACUUGAACCUGGUACAAGAAUUUGUGCCCGAGACCGUCUACCGAGCCUCUCGAUUUUUCAACAAGAUGAAGACCACCAUGCCCAUUCUCGAGGUCAAGCUGUACAUUUACCAGCUGUUCAGAGCUUUGGCAUACAUCCACUCCCAAGGCAUCUGUCACCGAGACAUUAAGCCUCAGAACCUUCUUCUAGACCCCAACAGCGGUAUUCUCAAGCUCUGCGAUUUCGGAAGUGCCAAGAUCCUCGUUCCCAAUGAGCCCAACGUCUCAUACAUCUGUUCUCGCUACUACCGCGCACCCGAACUUAUUUUCGGUGCAACGAACUAUACCACGAAGAUUGAUGUCUGGUCUACUGGUUGUGUGAUGGCUGAACUGAUGCUCGGUCAACCCCUCUUCCCCGGUGAGUCGGGCAUUGACCAGCUCGUUGAGAUUAUCAAGGUCUUGGGCACACCUACUCGGGAGCAAAUUCGAACCAUGAACCCAAACUAUAUGGAGCACAAGUUCCCUCAAAUUAAGCCCCACCCCUUCAACAAGGUCUUCCGAAAGGCGGACGCCAAUGCUAUUGACCUUAUCGCCCGCCUGCUCGAGUACACCCCAACUGAGAGACAAUCGGCCAUUGAUGCCAUGGUUCAUCCCUUCUUCGACGAGCUUCGGGAACCUGGUACCAAACUUCCUGAUUCGCGACAUGGCACUGGCCAGCUUCGCGAACUUCCCGCCCUCUUCGAUUUCACCCGUCACGAACUCUCGAUUGCCCCAAGCCUAAACUCUAAGCUUGUCCCAGCACACAUUCGUCCUGUUCUGGCAUCACAAGGCCUUGAUAUCGACCACUUCACACCCUUGACGGAGCAGGAGAUGAUGGCAAAACUCGAUUGA